AUGUCGCCCCACGGGUCGGCCAUUUUCUUCUUCGCGACGAUCGCACUCGUCUCGUCUCAGCGACAGGGUGAAUCGUGUUACAAUGAAAGAAGCAAUUUUAUCGGCCGGUGCAAGUUGGCAGACCAGUGCCCGUCAGCCGAGAGCGACUAUUUGAACAAAGGGAUAUACCCGAAGUUCUGCGAGUACUCAGUCAGGAGGGUGCUGGUCUGCUGCAAGGAAGACCAGAUCCGAACAACGACGACGAAGGCGCCUACCAGGCCGAAGCCAUCAGCUGGUAUUGCUCUCAACCAGGAAAAUAAGCGUGUGAGCGAGAGGAAAUGUGAGGAGUACAGCAAGGCGGUGGUGCAGCAGGUGGACUUCAUCAGCCUACUGCCAGAACCCGAGACGAUGUCGAUAUCCGACGUCAACUGCAACUACACGGGACUCGAACUUAUUGUCGGGGGCGAGGACGCCCUACAGGGGGAGUUCCCGCACAUGACGGCUGUGGGCUGGCCCGGCUUCGAUGGUGGGUACGACUUCAGCUGCGGCGGGAGCCUCAUCAGCAGGCGGUUCGUGAUGACGGCCGGCCACUGCAUCAAGAAGCCCAGGGCGGGGGAGCCCACGAUCGUGCGCCUAGGGGACCAGAACCUGGAUCCCAGCGUGAAGGACCGAGCCAACCCCAUAGAUGUCCGAAUAAAGACCAUCCACAAGCACCCCGGGUACAAGCCGCCUGACCGCUACAACGACAUCGCGCUCCUCGAGCUGGCGGAGGACGUGCCCUUCAACGACAACAUCCGCCCCGCCUGCCUCUGGACGAAGCCCGACUUCGGCGGGAACGGGAAGGCGCUCGCCACCGGCUGGGGCGUCACCGUCCCAGACAGCCUGGAGACGUCCAAGGAGCUGAAGAAGGUCUCCCUAUCGCUGCUCACGAACGAUUACUGCGACAGGAUAAUGGCCAGGAACAGAUACUGGAAUGGGUUCGUGCCCUCGCAGAUGUGCGCCGGUGAGCUUCGCGGCGGCAAGGACACCUGCCAGGGUGACUCGGGCUCCCCCCUUCAAGUGGUGUCCCAGGAGAACCAGUGCAUCUUCUACGUCAUCGGAGUGACGUCAUUCGGCGGGAAGUGCGCGCGCAGCGGCCAGCCCGCCAUAUACACGAGGGUCUCCAGCUACCUGGACUGGAUAGAGGGCCUGGUCUGGCCGGGGGAA